AUGCUCACACUUUUGAAUGGCUCAUGCAAGUCGUUAUUUAUCGCGUCUAUAGAGGACGAAACACAUCUCCUCAAGUUCGAAGCCGGCUUGGAAAUCAUCGUCUUAAUAAGCGUCUUCAUCUUGAAAAUACUUAGUGUAACCUACUCCAAAAAUACUCUUAGAAUAGCCUGCCUUCUUGUGAUGGUGGUUUAUCUUAUCAUUAGCUGCGUGGCGUUUGGGAUUUGUUAUGUUGUCGAUUAUGAAAUUUCAAAAGGCACCCAAGUGGGAGGGAUUUUUGGCGCUUUCAUGGAUAUCGUCGCCUAUCUAUUAUACUUACGGAUAAAACAAGUGAAAACGGAAUAA